AGCCCUUUAAAAGCAUGCUAAUCACUGAACUUGAAACACCAGAAUUUCAGGUAAUGCUGCAUUGCAAUGGUACACCCAUUGCACGGCUGUUUGGAAAUGUUUUCUGGAAGUGUCAAACAGUGAGAGCCAAUGUUACUUACCACUCUGAAUGUCAAAUUUGCUUGUGGUUUUUAUUCAGUUUUAAACAACAACAAAAGAUGAAUGUGUUUCAUGUCAUCAUUUUUGGACAGAUUUUCACUGCUUCUGCUCUAAUGGGACAGUGUGCUUCACAAGUCAUUUCAGCCCACAGCAGUGAGACCCCGCCUGACAAUUUUAUAGGGUUUGACGCCGUCCCUGACAAAGUGGUAGAUGGCUCGGUGGUCCGCGUGCGGUAUCAGUGCUCUGGGCAAUGUCAGCUUGCAGUUGAGGUGGUGGUGUCCACAUUGCAGAAGACAGAUUUAGUGGUCUUCAGGAGAAAAUGGAAAAGCAGCAGACUCCGUGACUACAGGAUCCACCAGGUGCUGCUCAGACUGCCUCCGUCCAUUUCAUAUCAACGCGACUUUUUCAACAGGAACAUUUUGGACACACAGAAUGUGACAGUCCGUGGUUGGCUGGGCAGCUUUAAAAAUGGCAGUGAACUCAGCACAUACCACAGCUCCAUGUUGAGGAUUUAUAAAGCGCUGCAGAUAAUUCCACCCUCUGAGCGGCCAAGUAAACCUCCCACUGGUUGCCCGUCAUGGUCGGCUCAACUAAUGUGGCAGAUGACCAGCCACAGAAUCCAUCAGUGUCCACAUGAAUCAGACAUAAUCGAUAUGCUAAAGUUCCCUCUGGCAAGUACUGGUGAGCGCUUUGGAGUGAUCCGCAGGUUCCAGCCUUUUAUUGACAGAGCUCUAGAGAGAACCCGGCGUCACGCUGUGACACAGCCCAGCGUCACCUUAUCUGUGUGGAUAUACCUACUGAAAUGGUGUCAGAAGAAGCUCUGUGGGAUCAUCCAUCAUGUCAAUAGAAAAAAUUUAUAUGACACAGUUCUGAUGCAGCUUACGAACACAGGGAACAUCAUAAUUCAGGCACGGAAGAUAACUGGAGAAGAUGAAGCAUUUCAAGUCCAAGCAAUGUUGCCUCUCUUGAAAUGGAUUAGAUUAGACUAUUACAUACAGGACUCAGAGGUGCUGCUGGAAACCACAUGGGAUGGUCAAACUCAGAAACAUUUAUACAAAUUUCAGGACAGCAUUCAUUACGAUGACACAGAUGGAUACUUUGUGAUUGGAGGAGGCAGUUACUUACAAGGCAUCCGUGGGUAUUUUGGGCCUAUCAGAUACUACCGUUUUGGAACCAAACAGAUCAAAAACCAACUUCACUCCAUGCCAACAUUAAAUGAAUUGCAGAGGAUUCACCAAGAGUGUCAGGAAAUAAGAGCAUUUACAAAAGCUUUUAUGCAAGAAGUGAAUGAGAAUUACCUCCUGUCGCCAGUAAGUAGAGAUGUCUGUACCCCCGACUUCUUAAGGCUGUUGGGUCAGUUUGCAUCAAAAGAGAAAACAUGCACACAAACAUGGACGUUUGAAACACAGAUAAAGUACAGCACUCUCUUUCAGCUCUUGCUAAGAAAGGAGGUGGAAAUCAGAACAGGGUCUUUAAACUUGAAGGAUCUCGGGAGCGUUUUGUUUGAGGAGACAGUCGGAACAAUGUUCUCUGUGGAUAAAGCACAAAUGAAAAUCACAUCCCAAUCAAUGGCUGCGUUACAAGAAUCCUCCUGCUUAGGAAAUCACAGAGCAUCUCUCUUAUUGGCCACCAUCCAUCUCUCCGGCCUGGGACAUUCAGUCAAUCAUGAGCAGGGUCACGUCUAUAGUUUGAUUGGUGCCUUAGGUGAUGACCGUUUUGCCCUGAUGCAUGCAGGGUACAAACACUUGAUGGGAAUUGAUGGGUUUCCUAAAGACUUGGAAAUGGCUUAUAGCUACUAUUCCAACAUUGGAACGCAGACCUGUAUCGACAGUUCCAGGAUAUAUGAAAACAAGCAACACUCAACUGAACAUAUCUAUUUAAACAAUGAAGAAGAUUUAAACAGACUGACACAUGAGACAAAAGAUGAUUUCCAGUAUCUGAAAUUCCAAGCAGAGAGAGGAGACAUCGAAUCUCAGAAACGCAUGGGAACAAUGCUGUACUGGGGACAAAAUGGAGUCUCAAAGGACAUAGUGAGUGCGGCGAAAUGGAUUGAGAGAAGUGCUAUGCAAAUGAAGGAUCCCUCUGCGAUGUACGACUACUCCAUCCUCCUGAUGAAGGGCCAGGGAGUGAAAAGAAACUACACCCGAGCUUUUCGGCUGCUGAGAAAAGCAGCAGCAAUGGGCUCAAUUAACGCCUUGAAUGGUUUAGGCUGGUAUCAUGGGACUGUACUGAAGGACCACAAAAAUGCAGCGAAAUACUUUGAACAAGCUGCUUUAAACGGGAGCGAUGAUGGGAUGUUCAACCUGGGGAUUUAUCAUCUCAGUGGGAUGAACCCAGAUAGACCCUGGAGAAAUGAGAGUGCUGCUUUUGAGCAGUUUCUCAACGCGUCUCGGUUUGGUCAUGUCACUGCAUCAGUGGAAGCUGCUCGGUACCUUUCGAUGGGAAGCCUGGAAGGGGUGUCUCAGGAUAUGAAGAGAGCUGUAAUUCUGCUGAAAAAGGUCUGUGAGCGAAAUGGACACCUUGGAUUUAUGAUCAGAGAGGCUCUUCAGGCCUACCUCCAGGGCUCUUGGCAGGAAGCCUUUGUGAAGUACCUUUUGGCAGCUCAAACUGGUCUGGUUUUGGCCCAAAGCAAUGUUGCACACCUGUGCGAGGAGCUGAAUCUCGGUUAUGAAUGUCAGUGGAGAUAUCAUAACUACUCUAUAUUAAACUAUGACCCGCAUCCUUUCGCUCUACUGAAAAUGGGAGACUACUACUACUACCAUUCCCCCGGCACACAAGAGGACUCAUUAUCCUUGGCUGAGCAGGCCAUAUCAAUGUAUAGCAGAGCAGCACUAGCAGGCAGCCCUCAGGGAAUGUACAACUUGGUUGUUUUGGCACAAGAAGGCCACAGUCUUCCCCGGAGCAUCCUCAGAUUCAUUAAUGUUUCGCAUCACGAUGAUCUGGAUAUGGUGAUGGAGAAGAUCCUAAAAAGAUGUGUAGACAUGGAGGGUGAAGAGGCAGUGACGCCCUGUUCUUUAGCUCUGCUUGGACUCCAGAUGGGAAAAGCCUUGAGGAGAAUGACUCAGAAUGGUGCACAGCUCCUCUUGGCAUAUGCAUCUCUUCUUUCUGUCCUUAUCUUUGCUGUUGUGGUGCCUUUGCAGAGCAGUCUUGGGAACAGAAAUCCUACAAAUGCACUAAGGGCAAGGACAUCACCUGGAAGCUACAAUGGCGUCGUCGUGAACAGGGAGCAAGAUGGCAUCAUGGGAAGAACCUACAGAGGGGCAUGGAAUCUAAGGCUUACCAUGAAUGGGGAGCAGUGGUUGCGACAGAUCAGCGAUUUGGCGGUGACUGCGUCUGGCGUGUGCCUGUGUGCUUUCUGGACCACACUCCUCUAUCAUCUUUUAUGACAUAAGAUACCAAGAAGAGUGAUCCCAUAGCCACAGCAAAAGCCUCAGACGCUACAUAUUGUAAGAGCACACAUUUAGCAGAUGAGUUACAGAACUAUUCGUGUGACACAUUUGUGUUUUGGAGGCUUGUGACAGGAAGGGAGAAGGAAAAGAAGGUCAGGUUGUGAGCAAGCUGCUUUGGUUGAGUUAAUAAUUUUUCUCCUGUAAUCCUUUUUUUCGUUUUAUAUUCGUGGAAAAUAAAAUGCUUACCAUACAAUCUGAA